GAGCACAUCUAGUUUCAGACUGGAACAUUUUACAAACUCUUAUAUAGUCAAACUCUCUACAGACUGAGAGGAAAAACAAAGAAGUGACAUCACAGUUACGUUGCAGUACACAACUCCACUGGUCAUUAGUUUAGUAUCAGAAACAUGUUUUCUGUUCUUUUGUUUCUGUUACAUUGACAGCAGCUGUUGUAACAAAGACACUCAACACUUCACACACACUUCCUGAGUGGUUUUCUGUCAGCAGUUUAAAAGUGGAAGUGGACAUGAUGUUGCUUUCUACUCACGCCACACAAAAUGACACCCAGUCACAGAGACAAGGACAGUGCUGGAGUGUCGUAUAACUAAUAUUUUAGUAUUUAUUAUUUUCUGAAGUUUCUGAGUCUGGAUUUAGAAUGAAGAUCCUCCUCAUCUUCAUCUUCUUCCUGACAGCAGAUGGUACUGAUGCUGUAACUAUAGUAACUGGAUACAGAGGAGGAUCAGUUCAGAUUAAAUGUUACUAUGAAUCUGGAUAUGAAGAUAACACCAAAUAUCUCUGCAGAGGUGAAUGUUCCUAUGUGGGGAAUAAAGACAUUCCUGUUAAAUCUGGAUCUCCUGCUGAAGACCCCAGAGUUUCUCUGUAUGAUAACAAAACAGCCCGAGUCUUCACCGUCAACAUCACUGAUCUGAGACCUGAGGAUGGAGGCACUUACUGGUGUGCGAUAGAGCGGACAUUGAAAGAUAUUUACACAGAGAUUCUACUGCAGGUUAAAACAGGGGAGUGUUACACAGAGAAUAAAUAAAUCUCACACAUUAUUUCACUGAUUAUUAAAUAUUGUUAUUGAGGCAGAUUAUGUGCAGUUUGUCCCAAAAAUCUCCAUACAGAGAGGAAACUAACACUUUAGUAUUAUUUAUUCAAAAGUCUUUUACACACACACUCACACACACACAUACACACACACACACACACACACAGACACAACACACACAAAUACACGCACACACACACACAUGCACACUCACACACACACUCACACACACACACACUCUCUCUCACACACUCACGUGCACACACUCACACAUACACACACACACACUCACACUCACGUGCACACACUCACACACACUCACACACACUUACUUUUGCACUCCUGCACACACACUCACGCACACACACUCACACACACACUCACACACGCACACACACACUGACAUACUCACACACGCUCAAACACACACACACACACACACACACACACACGUUCAUUAUGGUAGAGAGUUGAAUCUGUGUGAAAUGACAAUGUUUUGUAAAUGAAGUUAAAUGUAUUAAAAGUCUUCAUUUCCUCUUGUGGAGACUUUUGUGAUGUUCUGUACAAUAGACCUGAUUUAAUAAGAGUGUAAACUCCGAGUGAUAAAUGGACUGUUUCCUUUC